AUGGCAUCACCAGCUAUAUUAGAAUCCAAACAACUAAAACAAGAUACUACAAUCAAUAUUCAAAACUCCGAAAAUGAAAACAUUUACCUCCCUACAGACACCGUAUACCAAAUAAAAGUUGGACAAACACUCUUUCAAGUCACAGGAUCCUCUUUAAAUUCCGAUGCCCCCAAUUUCUUCACCAGAUACUUCAGUGGAAAUUCAGCAAAAGACCCAUUAUUCAUCGAUAGAGACGCUGACAUCUUCCAGUUGAUAUUGAAACAUUUACAAGGUUACUUCCUCGACAUCAAGGACGAGUACCAAUACACGAUGUUAUUUACAGAUACCAUCUUUUACGAUCUACCCAGAUUGAGAACUACUUUAAGGGAAAGUGAGUAUUAUUUCACCAAUGUAGGCGGGGAAUCCUUCAAGAUUCAUAAAAAUUUGUUCAAGCGUGAUGGUGAUUCACAAAAUUAUUUCCAAGUCGUAUUGGACCUUUUCUACAAAGAAGUGGAACAGCGAAUUGAAAAUAAAAAUUUAUUCCAAUCUCCAUUACCACCUUCAUAUGUACCCAGAUCACCGGAAUUCUUUAAAGAUCUUUUGGCUUUAUUGGGUGGAGCCAUUUUAGAACUCACGGAUGAAAGGAGAAAUUCAUUAGUGAAAGAAUGUCGUUAUUAUAGAUUCUUACAUUUGGAACAGAAAUUUUUGAAAACUCAUAUCGUUUAUAACCCACUAUCCACAUCUGAAGAAAUUGUCUUACCGUUAAAGGAUCUACAAAGGAGAGGGUUAAGAUUCCAUAGUGCAAAUAAUCCAACUUCCACUACAUCAUCAUCUUUAAAUCAAUGUUUGGAAAAUGUGGGUAAUAGAACUAAUUGUAGUACCAGUGAUACAGAUGAACCUGCCAUGAAAAAAUUAAAGACAAAUAAUAGUAGUUGUCAAUCUGAUAACUCUUCAUGUAAGAAGAUUAAACCUUGGGCAUUAGUGAGUUACAAGAGACCCUACGUGGAUGAAUUUUCUCGUGAUUUGAUCUUUCAAAUGGAUUCCACGGAAUGUACACUAACGUUCAACAAGCAAAACAAAAUGAUUCAUGUGGACUUGGUAGGAGAUUUAGCAAAAACUUUUGAAGACGUCUUUGCCACACCACUACUAACAAAAUCAAAUCAAAAUAUAAAAUUAUCUCAAUUUAAAGUGGAAGCCACUACCAUGAAGAAGACAUCGGAUUCACAGGAAAAGCCAACAAAGACUACUCAUUUAAUACUACCGGCAUGCAUCUCCAUUUGCGAUUUGCAAGUCAAUGGUAUUAAAUGUCCCAAUAUUUGCUCUUUGAUUAAUGACACAAGGUAUAAUGAAAAUGUCAUCGAUUUUAGAGAUAAGAAUGAUAUUAAAUAUUCACCAGGUGUGAAACUUUACUUAACCAAAUCAUUAUGGAAAUUGGGUGUCAAGGAUGGUCAAAUGAUUUUGAUUGCCAUAAAGGCAGAAUCAUUUUCAGGAAUCAAGGAAUACAAUAAGUUGAUUCAAUUUAUAUAA